AAAGCGCGCGUUUCGGGUUAAAAUACGCUGCGAACGGUGAAACAUCGAAGUUGUCAGCAAUUACGAAAACGCGCGAUUGUGAGUGUAAUUGGAGUCUAGUGUGAGAGUGCGGGCAUAUCAGUGUAUAAUAUUCGUGUUCCUCACACCCUCUUGAGUAGGCCUAGUAAGAUAUUUAUAGCACCACUGAUUCAAUCAUCAAAAAAGAAGCUAAUUGCGUGUAGUUAUAAAAGCAUGAAUGCCUGAGCAGUAAAUAGAAUUGCUAUCAGUAAAAAAAAGUGUCAUAGUCAAGUGCGCUGGCAUUCCAAUCAAAGCAAAGCAAGAACAAGCAGAAAUAAAUAAAAUAUCAAAGAAAUCCAGCACAGCAGGCCACCCACACCCCGCACGCGUUAAAUGACCAGCAUCAAUAUGCAGCAGAAUCAGCCAACGUUUGUACUCCUUAUGCGGUCAAAGCAGCUUAAUUAAUUUGUGAGAUCCACAAAGCAGCAAUCAAAGCAGAGCUGGGAACAGCUAAUGAGCCCGAAAAUCAAGGAAUUAAUUGACAGCUGCCUGGCUUCAGUGCAAAUGAGCCAAUUCUGCGACCAGAGGCUACAAAGUGCCCGAGCCAAGAGUUGCAAAUCAUUUGGAAUCAUUGGAAGCAUCGCAGCUGGCACCUGGCAAUGGCAGCAGCCAGGUGUGACUAAUGGCAGUCUGAGCCAGCUUCAGUUGCUGCUGCUGCUGGGGCUGGGGCUGCUCUGCCUGGGCGGCUGCCAGGCCCGGUGCCGGGAGGAGCCAGCGCGUGACUGUGAGGCGAUUUGCAAUGCGGCAGGAGGCAACUGCUCGAUACGCGCUCUGGUGCUGCUGCCCAACGACGAUGGGUACGAGGCAUCGCUGCAGCGAGUGCUGCCCAUUCUGAAGGUGGCGGAGCAGCAGAUCCGCAACACGGCUCUCAUACCGCCGCACAUUGACUUCGAGUGGCUGGCGCACGACACCAAGUGCGAUGCCUCGCUGGGAGUCAUCCGGGCCAUGGACGGCAUCAUCAAGCAGUGUGCGCAGGUUAUCUUUGGACCCGUAUGCGACUACUCGCUAGCUGCUGUUAGCCGCAUUACCAAGUACUUCAAUAGCCAGGGAACGCCCCUCAUAACCGUGGGCGGCUCCACCUACGACUUUGAGCAGAAGAAAACCGACUGUGGCGAUGAGUUCUAUAUGCUGCUGCGCACCGGCAUGCUGAGCUUUGAGUCCAUCUCCGAGCUGACUAUAAAUGUAAUGAAACAGCACAACUGGUCCCAUUCUAUAUUCUACUAUGAGCGCGAUGGCCAGCGCAAUGUGGCUGGUCUGCACACUUGCUUCCUGAUGAUGAAGUCCCUCGGCAAGCAGAUGCGCAACGAGAACAUGACCUUUGCCCAGUAUCCGCUUGAGUCGAAUGUUAUGAAUCGCUCGGAGGAAAUGCGACGUGAGAUUGGCAAUAAACACUCAAUUGUCAUUAUGUGCGCCGAUCCGCAGUCCAUACGUCAAAUUAUGCUGACAGCCGAGGAGUUGAAUAUGAUCGAUAGCGGCGAAUAUGUAUUCAUCAAUAUUGAAUUAUUUUCGCGAGUGCCGUAUAUGACGUCGCUGCCCUGGUACGAUAAGAACGAUACCGACUUCAACAACGAGCGCGCCAAGAAAGCCUACACAGCCAUGUUGACCGUCACGCCGAAGCAGCCCAAUGACGACGCCUACACCAAAGUCUCCAACGAGAUCAAGGACAUCGCCUCGGCCAAAUACAAUUACACCUUCAGUGAGAACGAGCCGAUUUCGGCAUUUGUGACCUCGUUCUUUGACGGCGUCCUGCUCUAUGCCAAUGCACUCAACGAGAGCAUCCGCGAGGAUCCGAGCAUGCUGACCAGACCCAUCAACGGCACCGACAUGGUGCGACGCAUGUGGAAUCGCAGCUUUACGGGCAUCACUGGCAACGUGACCAUCGACUCGAAUGGGGACCGCAUCUCGGCGUACUCUCUGCUGGACAUGAAUCCCACCACCGGCAGAUUCGAGAUUGUGGCACACUUUCUGCACAAUCGUCUGGAGUUUGAGUCGGAAAAGGAAAUCCAUUGGGCCGGUGGUCGGGAUCAAGCGCCACCCGAUCGUCCGAUCUGCGGUUACGAUGGUUCGCUAUGCCCAGACAACUCUUUACCUGGGUACGCCAUUCUGUCUAUAGUCCUUGGCAUAAUGGUAAUCAUAAUGGCCGUCUGCUUCUUCGUCGGCUAUCGGCACUAUAAGGCCGAGGCUGAGAUUAAUUCGAUGAGCUGGAAGGUCUCGCUGGAUGAUGUCAUGUUCCGAGAUACCGCAGAUCAUCUGAUGCGUGGCUCUUUUCACUCGCUGGUCAAGCAGAGCUCGCAGCUCACACUUAUGUCCGAGGACAUGGGCUCCAUAAAUGGCGAUCGCCAGAUCUUCAUUCCCGUGGGCAUGUACCGGAAGAGCAAGGUGGCCAUCAAGCCAAUCGAGCUGGAUAAUGUUCAGGGCAUUCUGUCGCGCAGCCUGAUGCUGGAGCUGAAGCGCAUGAAAGACCUGCAGCACGAUCACUUGGUCAAGUUCUAUGGCGCCUGCCUGGAUCAGCGGCGCAGCUUCCUGCUCACCGAGUACUGCCCGAAGGGCUCCCUGCAAGACAUACUGGAGAACGAGCAGUUUCAGCUGGACUGGAUGUUUAAGCUGUCCCUGAUGCACGACAUUGUGCGUGGCAUGCAGUUCAUACACAGCUCCGAUAUUCGCUCCCACGGCAAUCUCAAGUCCUCCAACUGCGUGGUCGACUCCCGGUUCGUCCUCAAGAUCACCGACUUUGGACUGCACAGCCUGCGCCGCACAUCCUACGACAUUGAGAGCGACAUUGAGAACUGCAAUAGUCAUGCCUACUGGAAGAAACGCCUUUGGACUGCGCCUGAACUGUUGCGCCUCGAAAAUCAACGCCCGCCCGAAGGCACUCAGAAGGGCGAUGUUUAUUCGUUUGGCAUCAUUGUGCAUGAGAUAACCACGCGCCAAGGUCCUUUCUAUUUGGGCAAGUGUUCGCACGAGAAGACGCCACAAGAGAUUAUUGAGCUGGUUAAGAACUACCAACCGCAGCAGAACAAACCGUUUCGCCCCGAACUGGAGUCCUGCACCGAUGAUACCAAGUCAGACGUUGUUGGCAUCAUCAGACGCUGCUGGGCAGAGGAUCCUCUGGAACGACCCGACUUCAAUACGCUCAAGUCGAUGAUCAGAAAGUUCAACAAGGACAACGAAACUGGAAAUAUUGUUGAUAAUCUGCUAAAGCGCAUGGAAAUGUAUGCGAAUAAUCUGGAGGAGCUAGUUGAGGAGCGCACCCAGGACUACCUGGAGGAGAAGAAAAAGUGUGAGAAGCUGCUCUAUCAGCUGCUGCCGCAGAGCGUUGCAGCUCAAUUGAUCAGCGGACAGCCUGUGGUUGCCGAGACCUUUGACCAGGUGACCAUCUAUUUCAGUGACAUUGUGGGCUUCACGGCCAUUUCAGCGGAGAGCACGCCCAUGCAGGUCGUGCAGUUCCUGAACGAUCUUUACACCUGCUUCGACUCGAUUGUGGAGAACUUUGACGUCUACAAGGUGGAGACCAUAGGCGAUGCUUACAUGGUGGUAUCUGGUCUGCCCAUACGCAAUGGCAACUACCACGCCCGCGAAAUUGCCCGCCUGGCUUUGGCCCUGCUCGAGGCGGUGCACAACUUCCGGAUACACCACCGACCCGACGAUCGCUUGAAGCUGCGCAUUGGACUGCAUACGGGGCCAUGUGUCGCCGGCGUUGUGGGCCAGAAGAUGCCACGCUAUUGUCUCUUCGGAGACACCGUGAACACAGCCUCGCGUAUGGAGUCCAAUGGCGAGGCACUGAAAAUCCACAUCAGUGAAACGACCAAACUCGCACUAGAUGAGUUCGGCAGCUUCUUGACGACGCGCCGUGGCCUGGUGCCGAUGAAGGGCAAGGGCGAAAUGUUGACGUACUGGCUGGAGGGCGAAGUGCCCAAGCCAGAUGAGGUAAUGUCACCCGGCAAGCUGCUGCUGACGAGACGUUCGUCCCUUAAGCAGCCCCAGCGGCAGCCGCAUUCCUUCUACAAACAAUACUCAGAGCUGGGCGUUAUGGCCACGUUGGCACCGGCAGUGCCGUCCAUAGCCUUGCCUGCAGCCGAAAAAAAUAUCUCACCCAAUCUUCGGGUCAAGCGCAAGAUCAGCUCCAGCUCACCGAAGCUAAACGGAAGCUGCUUCGAGCAGCAUUCCGAUAAUCAAAAGACUGAGCCUAACAACUGUUAUUUGGAUGCUGGACACCAGACGCUGUGUGAUAUAUAUAGCAGUCGCUCGCUGCGCAGCGAGGAGGCUGGUGCGGGGGCAGGAGCGGGCGUUGAUGCAAAUGCCAGCGAUAGCUGGGAGCUGGCCAAUUUCCGACUGCCACUCAGCGGCACGCUCAAGCAGCAUCACAGCCAGCAACAACAACAACAACAGGGCAACCACCAUGCAACACACUCCAAUUCUAAUUCCAAUUUGAGCGGCAUUCUGCAGCCAGCGCCGCAGGCAAGAGGACGCCUGAGGCCAUCCCCCACGAUCUCAACGUUGGUGAAGAACCAUCGCAGCGACAGCUCCGCCGCCGACGCUGGCAGCACGAGCAGCGGCCAACGGAUCAAGUUUGCCAACUGUGAUGAGACGCCACUGCUCAGCGGCAAGACGCCAACAGCGCUGCCAGCGUCCGCAGCUCUCAAUCUGGAGCGCAGCGGCAGCAGCUGCAGCAAUCAGAACAUUCCAAAUCUGAGCAGCGACCAUUCAUAUGGGUAUCUAGUCAAGAACUAUAAACAGCUUCUGUGCAAGCCCACAGCCCAAGUCUCGAAUAACCACGGACAUGGCCAUGGACAUGGACAUGGACAUGAUUUGUCCUUUGCCGAAGAGUGCCCGCGGGCUCCAUUGACUGCCCGUGGCACCGCGAGUAGCGCCGUGACCCAACCACUCUUGGCCAAAAUUAACUCGUAGCCCUAAGCACUGAGAGACACUGAGGGAUGAACCUUAAUAACCUUCUCUAAAUAGUACCUAAUCGUAAUGAUGAUGCAUAUUAAAUGUACUUGUUUGUGAUAAUAAGUUAAAACCAAUUUGAACAAUUUA